UUAAAAAGCAAGAUUGAUACUGAUACUGAUACUGAUAAUGUAAACAAGAGUUUGCCCGAUGAGUUAACCAAAAAAUUUCGAAAUUAUCAAUGAAAAAUGUGGCACACGGGUAUUGUUAGCAAAUGUAUCAUUCGUAUUCGAACAGCAACCGCAUUAUUCGUAUUCGCAUAGAAACCGCAUCAUUCGUAUUCGCAUAGCAACCGCAUCAUACGUAUUCGAAUAGCAACCCCAUCAUUCGUACUCGAAUAAACCGCAUCAUACGACAGAUGCGAGUAACGAACUGAAUUUGUGAGUACCGAAUCGGUACUUCGAGUCAACCGAUGUACCCGUUACUCGGUAACGAAUACAUGCGAUUUGCACCAGCUCUAGUCAACAACGAAUUCCAUUUUUUAUAUCGUGAUGAAGAAGUUUGUUUUCCUUGAAACUCAUUUUAUUCUAUAAAUUCCACGGGCAUAUUUUUUUAUGUUAGUGAUUGUUUUAAAAUUAUGAUGCGUGUUUUUAAUUAAAGCAUCAUGAAGUGUGAUUUAGACUUGUAAAUAUUCACAGCUAUAAAUGCCAAUUACUUUUUUAACGUAAGCAUUAACGGUUAUAUUAAAUCUAGAACUUCACAUGCACAAAAAUUCUUUUAUUCCUUAAAAUAAGAAAAGAAUUGCCCAGAAAGGAAUCUUGUGCAAAUUUUGUUAUUGUUUAUGUAUAUGGAAAGGAAAUUAACUUAAUUAUACAUAUGAAGAAAUGGAGCUGUGUAACGGUGAUUCAAACAUGCUCAUGCAAAAAUUAAUACUAGAUCAGAAACCAGUUAAAUGUGAUGAAUGUAGUGAAUUAUUUGCAGAUCAUUGCGAGUUAGAAACACAUAUGCUUGUGCACCCUGAAAAGAAGCUCUUUAAAUGUGAAACAUGUCUCAGAUCUUUUGCCAAUAACUAUCACUUUAGAAAACGUAUGCUUACCCAAGGUGAUGACAAACCACCUAAAUGUAUAUGCAACAAGUUAGUUCCUAAAAAGACUCUUGAUACGAAUAACAAUUUUUACAAAUGUAAUGUAUGCAACAAGUCGUUUCCAAAGAGGGACAACUUAACUAAACACAUGCGUAUCCACUCAGUUAAGAAACCACAUACAUGCGAUGUAUGUAAUAAAUCAUUUAAAUGGAGUCAUAGUUUAAAUAUACAUAUGCGCAUUCAUACAGAUAAGAGACCAUACGAUUGUAAUUUAUGCAGCAAGUCAUUUAAGCAGAUUGGUCAUUUCAAAAAUCACAUGCAUGUCCAUACUGGUGAGAAGGCAUAUAAUUGCAGUAUAUGUGGCAAGACAUUUGCAUUAAAUGGUGAUUUAAAUAAACAUAUGCUUUUUCAUAGUGGUGAAAGACCAUAUAAAUGUGAUGUAUGUCUUAAGUCAUUUAUACUAAAGAGUGCAUUAAUAAAGCAUUCUCGUAUCCACACAGGUGAAAAACCAUAUAAAUGUGACUUUUGUAGCAAGUCAUUUACACAAGGAAGUAACCUAAAGAGACAUGUGCGUAUUCAUACGGGUGAAAAACCAUACACAUGUCAUUUAUGCAGCAAAUCUUUUACGCAGAAAUUUCAACUAAGAAAACAUCUAAAUAAUAUGCAUAAUUGAAAAAGGUAUUAUGUAACAAUUCAAUGUAAUAGAUGCUUGACGUUUUUUUAUUAGCAUUCAGGAAAUCUUUUAUACAGAAAAUUCAACUAAGAAAAUAUCUGCAUAAUAUGCAUAAUUGAAAAAAGGAUUAUGUAACAAAGCAAUGUAAUAAAAGUUUGAUGUUAUUUACUACCAUUCAGUGAAACGAUUUUGAAUGUUAUAUGGAGCAGGUGAUUUGUGUAAUCUAGUGAAAAACUUGCACAUAUUCAUAGAAAGGAGAAAAAGAGUAAAUGUAGAUUAAUCUUUUAAGUAUGUAAUUGGUGACUGUAAUGUAAAGUUUAAGUAUGUAAUUUACAAAGUAUGUAAUUGGUGACUGUAAUAUAUAUUACGUAACAAUUUUUAAGCCAGUUUUCAAUAAAAUAUGGUAUGCUUUAAUAUUAAAACAUUUUAAAGCAAGCUGUGUCCAAUGAUCACUAAUGCCAAUCAUAUAACCUCAGAUGAAGGAUAACCUAAAUAUAGAUAUCAGGCCAUUUGCGAGACAGCUUAGUUUUUAUAUAUGUGUGUGAAUACAUUUAUACUAAGAUGUAUAUAAAUAAAUUGAAUAUUAAAUACAAUAUACAGGGUGUCCCAAAAUGACUGCAUAAACUCUGAACAGCUAGAUUCCUCGGGAGUACAUAAAAACUGCCCAAAGAAGCAUUCCUGUACGAUCCAUAGUUUACGAAAAACAAAGUAUGACAUCACUGCCGGUGCAAGAAAAAAACACUUUAUUGGACAUAUGAACAACAGUAUUGGCAUAUCUUUCCACACGAUAAUGUUUAAAACGUUCACCGUGCAUAUCGCGUCAUGCAAGUGCGUGCGCUGUGGAAUGACAUUAAGCCGCUGUUGAACUCGUAUUUAAAAGGCUACAUCUUGCAGCUACUGGUAGUCUUAAUAUGGUGGCCAUGUGUUCCGUUUGUGACUCCCGUGACAUGUACUUGAUGUACGGCCGAUGUAAUGGAAAUGCCUUACAAACUGCUGGGGAGUAUGCCCGUUGAUAUCUGUCCCGCCGUCCUCCUGAUGUCAACGUCAUCUGUAGGCUGGACGACAGACUACAAAAUACGGGAAGCGUCUUACCAACAGCCAAUCUUCGCGAUACUGGAAGACUGGGAAGUGGUCUGACGAUAGCACAGGCAGAUGCAAUACUGCAGCGGGUAGAAGAGACGCCCGUAAGCACAUGCACAUUAGCCAGUGAGAUGCUAUUGCACUGAAGAUGACCAGUGAGUAAAAGUACUGUGCACAGGCUUGCACGGUCUGAGAGGCUACACCCAUAUCGAUACACAACCAUGCAAGGUCAAACCAGAUGACUUUCAGAAAUGCGUGGCCUUCUGUGAAUGGCUGUUGCAGCAACAGAACACAGAUAAUGGUUUCAUUGCACAUAUCCUGUGGACAGAUGAAUCGUGUUUAACUCGUAAUGGGGUAUUCAACCGUCACAACAGCCAUAUGUGGUCCCAGGUCAAUCCGGCCGCAGGAACGUUGGUCUCUUAACGUGUGGGCCGGCAUAUUCGGCGAUCGCCUGCUUGGACUAUAUCUGUUGCCUGAAUGGCUCUCAGGACAGUCAUACUUAGUGUUUUUUAAAUGAGGUCUUAACCGAGUUCCUCGAUGACAUACCAUUAGCGGCAAUACAGGGACUUUAGUUCCAGCAUAAUGGGGCUCCGGUGCAUUUCUGUGCUCCUGUACAUGGUUGGCUGGAUAUGGAAUAUCUUGGCCGCUGGGGUCCGGUUCUAUGGCUCCACAUUCGCCAGAUCCUACACCGUUGCAUUUUUUCCUAUGGGGCCAUCUCAAGGAACUGGUGUAUCAAGACGUAGUGACAAUACCAAUGGCCUUAGUUGCUCGUCUGCUGCUGCUUGUACUUCGGUGGCCCUGCGAUGCUGCAACGUGUGAUGACAGCCAUUCCACGGCGUGCUCAAGCCUGCCUCGACAUGCACGGCAGAGACUUUAAACAUCUGUUUUAAAUUGCGCAUAUACUGCUGUUGAUAUGUUCAAUAAAGUGUUUUUUCUUGCA